AUGCUCGGAGUUCUCGUCGUGUUGUUCGGUGUACUUGCACUCGCUGCCGCCAGCUCCGUCAACUACUGCGGCGCUAAAAUGUGUGGAAACACAAAUGCACAUACUUUCUGCCAGUAUCCUAAAGGUCCCAGUGCUAAAUGCGAAGGCUACAUAGGCUCCAAGCUUGGCUCACAAGAGAAGAGGAGAAUUUUGGCUCGGUUCAACAGUUUGAGGGCCGAUGCCGCAUUCGGCGUAAUAAUGGGCUAUCCUCCAGCUACGAACAUGUUGAAAAUGCAUUGGGUCGAGGAGCUGGCUCGUUUAGCCCAGCGCUGGGCCGACCAGUGUCGUCCGCCUAAGCCCAUUGAAGAACACGACACAUGCCGUGAUCUAUAUUCAGUGAAAGUCGGCCAGUGUGUGGCUUCAGUAGUUGGCCUAAGACCAACCCGAGUUGAGCAAAUGCUUGACAUUUGGUACCUUCAAAACCUUAUUUACAACAGCAGUGUGGACAACUACGUACCCCCACGUAACGAUAGCGGAUAUUACGGCGAUUUCGCACAAAUGUUUUGGGCGAAAAGUUAUAUGGUGGGUUGUGCCCGCAGUCGAUUUUUGGUUUGGGUCGAAGAGCUGGCUCGUGAAGCUCAACGCUGGGCAGAUCAGUGUCUCCCACCGCGGCCUAUCGAAGAACAUGACACUUGCCGUGAUCUAUAUUCAUUGACUGUCGGCCAGUGUGUGGCGUCAGUAGUGGGCGACACGCAAGUUCAAGUUGAGCAAAUGGUCGACAUUUGGUACAUACAAAGCACGCUUUACAACAAUAGUAUCACAUCUUACGUGCCCCCAAGUAACAGUAGCAAAUACUACGGCGAUUUUGCACAGAUCCUUUGGGCGAAAAGUAAUCUGGUGGGUUGUGGUCGCAGUCGAUUUAAGCUGAAACGGUUGGAGAGCUGCAAGAAACGUUAUUACGUAAUGAACGUGUUUUAUCACGAAAGAAAGGGAAGCGUCGAAAGCGUAGUGCUUGUGUUGUUCGGCGUACUCUCACUCGUUGCCACCAGCUCCGUCAACUACUGCGGCGCUAGAAUGUGUGGAAAUAAAAAUACACAUACUUACUGCCAGUAUCCUAAAGGUCCCAGUCCAAAGUGCGUUGGGUAUGAAAAUGUUAAGCUUCGAAGCAGAGAGAAGUUGAGAAUACUAAAGCGUUUGAACAGUGGCAGGAAUAAAGCUGCAGCUGGAGGAUUGCCUGGGUUUCCUCCUGCAGGGAAUAUGAUGAAACUGCAUUGGGUUGAGGAGCUGGCUCGUUUAGCCCAGCGCUGGGCAGACCAGUGUCGUCCGCCAAACCCCAUUGAAGAACAUGACACAUGUCGUGAUCUAUGCGCCCUGGAAAGGUGUUCUCCGGAAAGUGGAUCGUCUAGUCUGCAACCUAGCUCCAGCUGGGCCGCAGCUACACCGCCGAAUAUGGAACCCUUCCGCACCAACUGA